CUUAGUUAGAAGAUACCGCUUAAUGAAUAAAAUUCAUAAAACACGCAUCAAAUUUAGAAUAGUGUAGUGUAAAAUAAUUUAAUUAAGUAGAAUGUGUCGCCUGCAAGCGUGUGCGGUAUUUUUUGUUUUGUUGGCCGUCAGUUCUGCUAGCGCGGAUAAGGCGUCCGGUAAAUACUCGAAAAAGGCAAACGAAGUACAGGAUUCGGAAAGCUACGAUCCGGAUUUUCGUAAAAUCCAGCGUCCCUUCCGGAUGGCAAAGCUGAACUUGGUUUGGUCGAAGGCUCAACACCGCCUGACAGAACCGAAGCUGAAGUCUCUGUUUACUGAGCUAAAAAUCCACGAUAAGGAGGAGCUUGCCUGGAAGCAGCUCAACUCUCAGCACAAGGAUAAGGAAGGUAUCAAAGAGGCGGAAUUGCGUAAAAAACUCAUCGGUAUCAUGAGUACGUACGGGCUGCUAGAGCACUUUGACGAUACGCAGGAUCCGGAAAAGUACAAGCAUUUUAAAGCUUAUAGCGGUAAGGAUAGUUACAAAAACAAGAGCCUGUUUAAAGAUAAGAAGCUGAAUAAGCUUUGGGAGAAAGCAGAGACGGCAGGUUUUACCCAGGAAGAGUUGAAUGCCCUGAAGGAGGAAUUCGAACACCAUCAGGAAAAGAUUGAUGUUUAUUACAAUUUGUUGGAGCAGUUGGGCGAUGAUGUCAACGCUGGUACUAAUGUUCACGAAAAUGCUGUGAACGAGGAAGAGCACGAUCGGUAUAACGAAAUUGCCACGGCCGAAGAGGAAAACAAUGAUAUUAUGGCUGCGCAGAGGGGCGAAAACAAGCAGAACGCAUAUCUUCACAAAUCCAACCAGUUGCGAGAGAAACACCGUGAAAUCAGAGACAACUUUGACCGGCUGGAGCGAGUUGCUUCCAAGGGACCCAACAGUCAGGAUUUCAUCGAACCGAAGGUGCAAGGAUUGUGGCGCGUUGCGUUGGAUUCCAACUUCACGGCGAACGAGCUUGCCUCGCUGAAGGUCGAAUUGCUGCACUACGAAAGCCGGCUGCUAAAACUUCGCCAUAUGCAUGCCGAACACGCGCUCAGCAUGGAGAAGCACAAGCAUGCCAAACACGGCGAUAAAGCGGAUACGCACAAAAUGAUGGAGGAAAAUAUUAAGAAGCAAACGCGGAAGGUGGAGAAAAUUCAGGAGAAUGUGGAGAAUCGUAUCUUUAAGCAUUCUGAGCUGUAGGAAUAGAAGAGCCAAUUUUUCCGGUCUCGAAUAAUUGUAGUCAUUCUGAAUCGGGCAGGGAGUGUGUCAAUUAGUUAGGUUUAAAUUUCAAUUUUAAUAAAAAAAUAUACUUUGUGCUCUACUAACUGAAAUAGAAUGUGAGGUUUGCAAUUUUAUCAACAAAAAGAACAUUUUUGGUAACUGAAAUAUUUAUUUACAAUGCUCAUGCUCAAUGCAUCAUGUGUUAAAA